UCUCCUUCUUUCUAUGGUAAAAGUUGAACAAUGAGUUGUUAUCAGCCACUCCCUACACUGAGGCUGUUGCAGGUGUGUUUACCCAGCUAGUCCACUCAGUAUAGGCAUGCAGUCCUUCCCUCCCCUCUUUUGCGAUGUGGCACAGCUGAGUAAGUCUUAUUAAAGAGACACCUUACCUGACUUUUGCAGUUGAGUAUUUUUUUUUAACCAAGGGUAGAAGCCCACAGUUGGCAGUUGUGACAAGACUUACAAUUUAGACGUGAGGCAAGAGCCAGGGGCCUGUUGGAGGCCGAACUGAACUUCUACUACAAAUUCGACAACUUGUACCUCCACUAUGAACUGGGCGUUUUUGCAGGGCCUGCUUAGCGGGGUCAAUAAGUACUCCACGGCGUUCGGUCGUAUCUGGCUCUCCGUCGUCUUCAUCUUCAGACUCAUGGUCUUCGUCGUGGCUGCGGAGAAGGUGUGGGGCGACGAACAGAAAGACUUUGACUGCAACACCCGCCAACCCGGCUGCCACAACGUCUGUUACGACCACUUCUUCCCCGUCUCCCACAGCCGGCUCUGGGCACUCCAGCUCAUCUUCGUCACGUGUCCCUCGCUACUGGUCGUCCUCCAUGUUGCGUACAGAGAUGAACGAGAGCGGAAACACUGUCUGAAGCACGGCGAGGGAUGCACCCGUCUUUACGACAAUACGGGGAAGAAGCGUGGCGGCCUGUGGUGGACCUACUUCUUCAGUCUGCUCUUCAAGAUGGUGGUGGACGGCGUGUUCAUCUUCCUGUUGUUUUACAUCUACGAGGCGUACUUCUUCCCGCUGGUGGUGAAGUGCUCAGAGGACCCCUGUCCCAACGAGGUGGACUGCUUUAUUGCCAGACCAACAGAGAAGCGAGUGUUCACAGUCUUCAUGGUGGUGGUUAGCUUCGUGUGUAUCCUCCUGACUCUGUGUGAGAUCCUCUACCUGCUGGGGAAGAAGUGCAGGGAGUGUGUCGGCGGUGGAGGGCCCCGUGCCAUCAGGGAGAGCCCCCGGUUCAACAUGCCAGCUACCAUACACCUGAUGGCGAACGAUAACUCUGUGUUCAAGAAGUCUGAACUGGAGAAGACGAAGAUGGCUGAUGGUGGAGUGGCUGAGACAGAGAGCCCUGCUCCGGGUUACAGUGUGGCUAUCUCCUAAGACUGUUAUCUUUAAUUCUGGUCCUGGAGACGCCAUAGCAUAGUGCAGGCUUUCGUUCAUGCCCAGUACUAAUACAUGAUUAGAUGCAUCUAAUCAAGGCAUUGAUGAUUAGUUGAUCAGUUGUGUGUUAGUACUGGUCCGGAACAAAAGCCUAUGGAAAGCCUAUGGAGUGUUUGGCAGUAAUCAAGGCAUUGGGGGCCAGUAUGAAAAAAAUAUAUAAAAAAAUAUUGUAUGCACUCACUAACUGUAAGUCGCUCUGGAUAAGAGCGUCUGCUAAAUGACUAAAAAUGUAAAUGUAAAAUGAUUAGUUGAUCAGUUGUGUGUUAAUGCUGGUCUGGAACAAAAGCCUACGGGGUGUUUGGCAGUGCACAACGUUCUGUCAUGUCUGUAUCAAGGACCUCAUACACUGUUUAGUCUGAGUAUGAAGAUAUGGGUCUAAUACUCCAAAAUGCUGUUUACAAAGUCACUGCCAAAAUGGGACAUCUUUUUUUUAUUUAUUUUUUACAUGUUUUAGUCAUGAUUGAUUAGAGAAUGACAUGACAUCUGUUUUUUGUAAGAAGUUUUUAUUUCAUGAAAUGUACAUUAUUUGUAGUCUUGUUCAGUUAUUGAUAUGCUCUUUGAUACCAUGUGUAAUAUAAUUUCAAGCCUAAUGAUUG